CGGCUGGGCGCGGAGUGGAAGUUGCUCUCCGAGGCGGAGAAGCGUCCCUACAUCGACGAGGCCAAGCGGCUGCGGGCGCAGCACAUGAAGGAGCAUCCCGACUACAAGUACAGACCCCGGCGCAAGCCCAAGAACCUGCUCAAAAAGGACAGGUAUGUCUUCCCUUUGCCUUACCUCGGGGAAACCGAUCCCUUAAAGGCCGCCGGGCUUCCCGUGGGGGCCACUGACUCUCUGCUGAGCUCCCCGGAGAAGGCCAGGGCUUUCCUGCCUCCCACCUCAGCACCUUACUCCUUACUUGACCCCAGCCAGUUCAGCUCCAGCGCCAUUCAGAAGAUGACUGAGGUUCCUCACACCUUAGCCACCAGCACCCUGCCCUACGCCUCCACCUUGGGAUACCAGAACGGGGCGUUUGGCAGCUUGAGCUCCCCCAGCCAACACACCCACACUCACCCCUCGCCAACUAACCCGGGCUAUGUCGUGCCAUGUAACUGUACCGCUUGGUCGGCUUCCAGUUUGCAACCUCCAGUUGCCUACAUAUUAUUCCCAGGCAUGACCAAGACUGGGAUAGACCCCUAUUCUUCAGCACAUGCGACUGCCAUGUAACACCCACCCACACCCCCACAGGCGUGUGUGUCUGUCCGUGUCCCCCGUCCCGGGUGGCAGCUGGAACUGGGAUUCCUUCGUGUGCAUGUACAUAAAACCUGCAGAAGCAAAAGGCCACCCGAAACAGGACUCUGCUGCCCGCCACCGGGCCGGGACAGACGCGGACGCUGCCUCGGGGACUCGGAGAUGCUCUCUCGCCUAAAACCUCGCCCUGAGAGCUGGCCCCAGGCUCGGGGGGGGAUCUGCAAUGGUGGGGUCAGAUAGGAGCCCGGCACUUGUAAGAGUUGUAAAUGUGUU